UGACUGCGUAUUUGUCAUCUUCUUCGGAAUGAGAGUCGUUUAUAACUUGUUCUCUUCCUUCUUCUUCUUUCUCUAAUUCUCUUCUAAGGUUAUAAGUGUAACCGUCAUCACCCGCUACUCAUUACUUCACUCGUGUUUCUUCUUCAACACACACUCUCCCCUCUUCUCUUUCUUCAUCGCCAUCCAUGGCUCCCCCCUCACUCUCUCAAUGUGAAAAAACUGAACAACUGCCACCUCAUCACCACCACCUCCAAGACCUCCUCAAUGCCGCCCGCCCUUUCCUUCGCCGGGAGCUACACUCUGUUGACAACAACCUCCCGUCGUUGUUUGACCUACUCUGCUCCGUCGGCGCCGGCGAGUGCUGGCACAAGCAUGGCAGCUUCCUCGACCACCUCACCGACGUCCACCGCAUCCUCAAGCUCUGGAAGGCACCGGACUCCGUCUGCCUCUGCGGCCUCUUCCACUCAGCAUACUCCAACUCCUACGUCAACCUCGCAAUCUUCGACCCUUCCACCGGCCGCGACGUCGUUCGCGGCCACGUCGGCGACGAAGCCGAGCGCCUCAUCCAUCUCUUCUGCAUCGUUCCAAGGCAGCCUCUCAUCCACGACGACCUCCUCUUUCGUUACUCCGACGAAGAACUCGUCGACCACCUCCGCGAAUCAGAGAUCUCACUCAACAACGCCAAGGAGAAAGGAAUCUUCAACGGAGAAGAACACUGGAGGAAGAAGGUGCAGGGAAUCGUUCCGGCGGAGGGAGUUAUCGUGAAGCAUAUCCGUACAGGGGAGGACGUUAGGGUUUCGAGGAGAGCGGUAGCGAUUUUCCUGAUGUUAACAAUGGCGGACUUCUGCGACCAGUGGUUCGGUUUCCAGGACACGCUUUUCGAGAACGACGACGGCCGCCUCGAGUUUUCCGGGAACAAUUGCGAGGCUCUAUGGCCCGGAGACGGAAAGCCCGGGCUUUGGUUCAGCUCGAUUUCGAGAAUGGGCGCGGUUUAUAACCUAAUUUGGAGGGAGGAAGAAAUUUUUAUGUUGGAAAAUAAAAAAAGUAAAACUGAUUAUGAUUUUCAUUUUGAUAGGGACGAGCACAUUGAGCUGGUUGUGCCGCCGGUUUUCGAUAACUGCACGAAGGUUGUGACGGCGGAGGAUGGGAUAGCGGCGAGGGAGUUGUACUGGGAUGCCGUGUGCGGCAAGAAAGAGGGUUUGGAGAGGAAGGAGGAGUUAUUGUUGGGGUCUAUAGAGAAGAAUCCGUUUGCUAGUGAGCCAUACGUGGUGCUGAGUCAGGUGUACCUAACAGAGGGGAGGUUCGAGGAGGCGGAGAAGGCGGCGGAAACCGGGCUGAAAUUGCUGCUGGAGUGGGGGUGCCCUUGGGAUAAGAGGACUUCAUGGGAAGGUUGGGUUGCUUGGGUUAGGGUCUUGCUUUUGAAGGCUAUGGAGAAAUCUUGGCCUAACACCGGCUUCGGUAUUCUCAACUUGGGCCUUGUAAAGUAAAAUGUAUCCAUGGCUACUCGUAUAAAGAUAGUUAACAUAGUUUUGUAGUUAAUAAAAAUAGAAUAAAGGAAAUAGUCAUUUUAGUAUCUGAAUUUGAUAAAAUGAGAUUUCAAUAUUUUGUUUUUAAUAAAAUAAACUUUUAAAAUUAGUUUCAUUUGAUAAAAUGAACUAAUUAUUAACGAACCACUCUAAACAUUUAAAUUAUUUUGUCAAAUAAAACUGAUAUUUGGUAGUUUAUUUAGUUAAAAACAAAAAUUAGAGUUUGUUUUAUUAAAAUUAAAAUUUUAUUUAAGAUCAAAAUAAUUAUUUGUUCCUAAAACUAUGAGCUGAAAUAUGGUUAAAUAAUAUAAGUUUGAUACAACGUUAAAUAGAGUAUAUGUUUAUAUUGAGCUAUUUGUUUGCUUCCAUCUUAAGCUAUUCUAAUCUUAUCGAACUCGUUUGUUGGAUGUGUACGAAAGAAAUGUAAUGGUUUAAAGCGAGCCUUCAUUCAAUGCAUAGCAAUAAUUCAUGGAAAAUGACUCCACGUGAACAGAUCUGAAAUUGAAAGCUUUUGCCUCCAUCAGCAAUGCUGCAGUGGAGAAUAUGACAAUGUAUGGCAGGAAUAACAAUUCCUCAUAAUAAAGAUAGGAAAA